AUGUUUCUUCAAUCCGCUUCAAGUUUACUUCAUGAGCACUAUAUCUCGGUCAUCGGUGCUUUGAUCCUAGUGGUAUCAGUCUCGCAGGCGUACUACCAACUCUACAUCAACCCUCUUGGCAAAUAUCCAGGACCAAAGCUUGCUGCUGCAUCACGUCUACCUCAACUCUACCACACCUUCAGAGGUGACCUGCUUGAAUGGGUUAAUGGACUACAUUCCACACACGGUGACGUAGUCCGCAUCGCCCCAGAUGAGCUAAGCUAUGCCACUGGCGAGGCGUGGAAGGGAAUAUAUGGCCAUGCCUCUGGAGGGAAAAAGGUCACGGAGAAGGACCCUCGAUUCUACGGUCCAUCGUUUAAUGGAGCUCCAGAUAUUAUCCGGGGAAAUGGACCUGAUCACUCCCGCUUUCGCCGGAACUUCUCCCACGCCUUUUCUGAUCGGGCUCUCCGAGAACAACAAUCCUUGAUCUGUGGAUAUGCCGAUGCUUUAAUUGACAAACUCCACAGAAUAAUCAAGGAGGACCCCGAGGCAAAAGUCAAUAUGGUCCGCAUGUUCAACUUGACGACUUUUGAUAUCAUGGGAGAUUUGACCUUUGGUGACUCCUUGAAUCUAUUAGCUGGAACUGGUAACCUGGCCUGGGUAUCCGCGAUUUUUAUGACUAUACAAACCAAUUCUAUCCGCAGACUGGCGCGCUACGUCCCUUGGACCGCUCCUAUUAUUCAGAGGCUUAUUCCGAAGGAGCUGAAGCAACAAAGUGUCGCUCAUUACAAGGCUUCCCAGGAGAGUGUCGAUAAAAGACUUGAUGACAACCGUACGCUGCACAAACCUGACAUCUGGGGUAUCGUCAUGAAUCAAAAGGAGGAUCUUCGUAUCAGUCGCACGGAGAUGUAUGCCAAUUCUCAGGUUUUCAUGGUUGCAGGUACUGAGACUACCGCAACUGCACUAAGUGGUUUGCUCUAUCAUCUCCUGAUGACGCCUGACAAGAUGAACAUCCUUGUAGAGGAAGUUCGUGGGGCCUUUGAGAAAGAUUCCGAUAUCGAAAUGAGAGCUCUGGAGCAUAUGCCAUAUCUCAGUGCAUGCAUUUCGGAAGGAUUGCGCGUCUACCCCCUGUUCCAGUUGGCCUGCCUCGCAUCGCUCCUGAUGAGGGGUUGCUUGUUUGUGACUGUUCUGUCGGUUCAUCACUGGGCUACCUAUCGCAACACUCGGAACUUCAGGCUGCCAAAUCAGUUCAUCCCUGAGCGUUGGAUUGGUGAUGAGUUUGCCACUGAUAAUAAGUCUGCUUUCCAGCCAUUCUCAUUUGGCCCUCGCAACUGUAUUGGGAAGAAUCUGGCAUAUCACGAACUGCGGCUCAUUCUGGCCAAGGUGCUGUACAAUUUUGACAUUACUCUUCUUCCUGAGUCCGUCGGUUGGGAAAAGCAGAAAACCUUCUUGUUGUGGGAAAAGCACGAUCUGAUGGUUCAGCUGAAGGCGAGACAAUAA